AUGGCCCUGAAAAAUAAAGUUUCAUUAGAAAAAACGAGUCCUUUAUAUAAAUUAAAUGUAUUUAUUGACCAAUCUGAGAUAUUGCGCGUUGGAGGAAGGCUACGAUACUCUCCACUACUCGACGACACAAAGCAUCCAGUAGUUAUUCCUUAUGAUUCAAGUUUGGCCAAGUUAAUUGUCGCCGACGCUCAUGAAAAGACUUUUCAUGGAGGACAGCAACUAGUACUCAAUUUUAUACGCACCAAGUACUGGAUCAGCCGGGUAAAAUAUAUCGUACGAGCUCAUAUACGUCGUUGUGCUCCUUGUAUUCGAUAUGCGGCGACCACAAAACAACAGUUUAUGGGAGAGCUUCCAGCUUGCAGAGUGACACCCAGCAAACCAUUUCUCAACUCUGGUGUCGAUUACGCGGGCCCCAUUAACAUGAGAGUGUCUAAGGGUCGUGGACAGCGGUCGUAUAAAGGUUAUAUCUGCUUAUUUGUGUGCAUGGCCACGCGCGCAGUACACAUCGAGGCAGUUUCAGAUUUAACCACUGAGGGUUUCCUAGCAGCUUUCAAACGGUUUAUAUCCCGGCGCGGACAGUGUCGUCAUAUAUGGAGCGAUAAUGGCACCAAUUUUGUGGGCGCUGCCAAGGAGUUACAGAUCCUGUUCAACCAGGAGAGUUCAAUGUUUAAAGACAUUGCAGCUGCUCUUGCAACCUCUCAAACGGAAUGGCACUUUAUCCCUCCCCAUGCUCCAAAUUUCGGUGGACUGUGGGAAGCAGGGGUUAAAAGUGUAAAACACCAUCUGAGGCGCGUCAUAGGUGAUUCUACGUUAACUUUCGAAGAAUUGUCCACGGUCCUGUCUCAAAUUGAGGCGUGCCUAAACUCUAGGCCCUUGUCUCAGGGUAGUAGUGAUCCAGAGGAUCCUGUACCACUAACUCCUGGGCAUUUCUUAGUGGGUCAGCCAUUGGUAGUGGCUCCCGACUACAAUUAUGAAAAUGCCACAGUUAGUACUCUCCGCAGGUGGCAAUUGGUACAACGUAUGGUGCAGCACUUCUGGCGUAGGUGGAAACAGGAAUAUUUGACAACCUUCUUCCAAAGGCACAAAUGGAAUAUACGUACAUCUGACUGUAAGAUAGGUGAUGUAGUUCUAAUAAAAGAAGAUAACUUACCUCCAGCCAAGUGGUUAUAUGGUAGAAUUACGCAGCUGCAUCCGGGUAAAGAUAACUUGACACGCGUUGUCACUGUUCGUUGCAAAGGUACUGAGAUUAAACGUCCAAUUUCAAAAUUGUGCUUUCUUCCCGCGACUGAAUAA